GUCUACCAAAGGUCGGACCAGACCAUGAGACGCUGGUGCACCAGAGGCAAAGCACAUUUGCUCCACAGCUGCACAUCUCCACCACUGUGAACAGAGAACAUGGAGGAAGACCUAAAGAAGAGACCCAAGUCCAGGGGUCUGAGUACCCUGGAGAAGAGCCUGGUACUACUGUUUGUGGCUCUGACUGGCGCCUGCAUCGGACUGGUGGUCAUCUACUUCACUGACAAGAACAGCGUCUCCACUGAUGAAGAGGUCAAUUCGGGAUGCGGGGGUCCUCGGGCUCUCAAGGGCCCGUCAGGGGAGUUCACCAGCAUGAAUCACCCCAGUAGCUACGACAACGGCAUGAGCUGCAGCUGGCACAUCACUGUAGACCCAGGCAUGGUGAUCAAUUUGUGGUUUGAAGACUUCUCCCUGGAGGCAACAGACCUGUGCACAGCAGACUACUUUACAAUACAGGACAACCUGGGAGUCAUCGGGAGGUUGUGUGGGCGCUCCAAACCCGGGCCCAUAGUGUCACUGGGAAACUCUAUGUUGUUGUUCUUUGACACCAAUGACAGAAAUACAGACAAGGGAUUCAAAGCAAAGUACCAAGCUGUGACACCAGAGAGUACUUUAGAAAUAGCCGGGGCUGGUGGCGCUCUCCAAGGUGACCGCGGGGAUCUACUGACCCCUGGGUUCCCAGCACAGAACUACGAGAACGGGGCUCUCUACCAGUGGAGGAUCACUGUACCAGAGGGAGAGAAGAUCAGACUGACGUUCUCCUCCUUCGACCUGGUCCCUGAGGCCUGUAAAGACUACGUAGAUGUCUACGAUGGUCACAAAACCGGCUCCGCCAUGUUGGGUCGAUUCUGUGGUAGUAAGAAUCCAGGCCGCGUGGAUUCCAGCGGCAACACGAUGGUGGUGCGUUUCAAAACCGAUGCCACUCUCACCUCCAAGGGUUUCAGUGCCACAUUCACCAAGACCAGCCUCAUCCCGACCACGGUCAAACCUACCACCAUGAUGCCCACAACACCAGCUAUAGCCGACUCAGGCUGCGGUGGUGUUGGAAUGCUGUUUGGCCGUAAAGGGGAGAUCCAUUCUAUGGGAUUCCCAGAUGCGUAUCCCGGGAAUCUUCACUGCUCCUGGAACAUCACAGUUCCGGAAGGCUUCCUGGUCAAACUGCACGUCACAGACAUGUCCGUCACGGGAGAGGCGGGCCAGUGUGGUGAAGACAAGCUUGUAGUUGCUGACAGCCUCCAGGCGCUUGGCACACACUGUGGCUACGUCCUUCCUCCUGUGGUGGUCAGUGCCAAUAACAAGAUGUCCCUGAGCUUCCUGUCCGACUCCCGUCUCUCUGACCGAGGCUUCUCCGCCAAGUGGGAGGCUGUGUAUCCUGAGGACAUUGCCGCGGUCCAGGGAUGCGGAGGGGCCUCCCAUGAGUUAAAAGGGGUUAUUAAGUCUCAGAACUGGCCUAUGAACUACAAGGCGGCCAGCGAGUGCAUGUGGAGUGUGGAGGUACCCAAAGGGAAGACCAUAACCCUGACGUUCACCCACUUCAACGUGGAAGCCAAGGAUAUUUUCACUUCCAAAUGCUUGGAUAACAUGGUGGCAUACGACAUCUAUAAUGACGGAGCUGAGAGUACAAAACACGGUCCAUGGUGUGGUGACCAACUCCCAGCCACCAUCACAACUAAGGGCAACAAGUUAGUGAUGCGUUUCCAUACUGACUUCUUCGUGGAGGCUAAAGGUUUCAGGGCCUACUGGACUACAGACACCACCCAGCCCCCUGUACAGCCCAACCCUUGGGACAACAUCACCGUAGAAUGGCCAACCACAUGUGGCAAACCCGCCAUUCCCCCCACCAUCCACACUCGCAUCGUCAAUGGAGAGCCAGCCAACCCCCACUCCUGGCCCUGGCAGGUGUCCAUGCAGGUUUGGCCUAGCAGUCAGGAGACGCCCAAGUUCUUCCACACCUGCGGAGGAACUCUCAUCCAUAAGAACUGGGUCAUGACCGCUGCCCAUUGCUUCAUACGGUAUGCUGACGAGCUCCAGCGCUGGAAAAUGUGCCUGGGUAAACACAACCUGACAUUCACAGAAGACACGGAGCGCUGCUUCGGCGUGACGGGCAUCUACCGCCACGAGGGCUUCAAGAACCCUAUGUUGCCCACGGUGGAGUUCGACAUCGCCCUCGUCAGGCUGGGUGGGGAAGUGACCCCCAGCGAUCAGAUCUCCUACUCCUGCCUGCCCUCCCUGGAGGAGGUCCUGGAGGGGGGCAAGAAGUGUUACGCCACUGGAUGGGGAGAUGAGACUGCAGGUGAUUCCAUGAAUGCCAAAGUGGCUGAGACCCUGAACCAGGUGUCCCUGCCGGUGGUGCCCUUCAACACAUGUAAGAAGAUGGACUACUGGUGGUUCCAGGUCAAGACCUCCAUGAUCUGCAUGGGCUACACCUCGCCUGACGAGCUCAAGUCUGUCUGUCAGGGGGAUUCAGGCGGUCCCCUGGUGUGCCAGGACUCUCCCAAUGCUCCCUGGGAGGUGCACGGCAUCACCAGCUUUGGUCCCAACGGCUGCAUCAUGGACAGGAAACCCUCUGUGUUCACCCGUGCCUCGGCCUACAUCCCCUGGAUGGAGAAUGUCAUCCGCAGGGACAUGUACAAGCAGCACACAUCUGGCUGCGGCGGGCCAAAGGACUUGACUGGCGAGAGCGGCGUGUUGUCCAGCAUGGGGCACCCGGGCAGCUACAGUAACGGUGCCCACUGCCAGUGGCACAUCAAGGUGCCCGACGGUAAACUGGUCCACCUGCACUUCCACAACUUCUCUCUGGAGGACACCCGGCUGUGUCUCAACGACAAGGUCACCAUCAACGACAGCUUAGCCAGCCUAGGUACCUACUGCAGUCACAUUCCCCCUCAGGACCUAGUGAGUAUCGGUGACAGACUGAGCCUCUAUUUCACCUCCAACAACAAGGUGGUGGACACUGGCUUCAGGGCCUCCUGGAAGGCUGUGGACCCCAGCCAGGCUUCAUGUGGAGGUGUCUUCAGCAGUGAGCAGGGAGAAGUCACCUCUCCUAACUGGCCUAACAACUACCUAGACCAGGCUGUGUGUACCUGGCGUAUCUCCAUCCCCUCAGCUAAGAACAUCCACAUUGUCUUCACCCAUUUUGAGGUGCAGGCCGUGAACCAGCUGGGACAGUGUGUGGACUAUGUGGAGAUCUACGGUGGAGCAGGGUUGACCUCACAAGGUCGCUUCUGUGGCUUUGCCCCGCCCCCCAAGGUUACUGUCGUCGGCAACACGGCUGUGGUCCGUUUCCUCAGCAACCAAGCCAAUGUGGAGAAGGGUUUCCGUGGUUACUGGACCACCGAUCCCAAUGUGUUCCCCACUCUGCCUCCCCCUCCCGCUAACCAAUGGGACAACAUCACUAUCAGCUGGCCUGAGACGUGUGGCAGCCCUGCUGUCCCCCCAGUAGUGCCACCUUGAGAGUGGUCAACGGGGUAGAGGCUGUGCCCCACUCCUGGCCCUGGCAAGUCUCCAUGCAGGCCACUCUGUUCAAUCCCAUCCCCUACAUGCAUGGCUGUGGAGGCUCCCUGAUCCACAAGGAAUGGGUCCUGACGGCCGCUCACUGCUUCAUGGCGCCUCUGGGUAACCCCACCUAUUGGCGCAUGUGUCUGGGUAAACACCACAUGAACUCGUCCCGGGACCUCCCUUACCAUGAGGCCUGCUACAAGGUGGACGGCAUCAUCAGGCACAAGGGCUUCGUGUACGAGCAGGACAAGACGGACAUCACUAACG